AUGAUUGAAGAUAGUACAAGCAACGAAAACCGAUCUAAGAAUCGGUCUUUUGCUCAAACCUUGAAGAAUGGUCCCAUGAACAGCCACACUGAAGGUGAAGAUUUAGAUUCGGCUAUCGACACCGGGAAGAGAGAAGCAGAAGGAGAUAAGACAGACAUGGUGAGUGAUUCAGAGUCUGACAUCAGAGUGGAAAAAAUUGAGGAAGGACUAUUUAAUAUUGUCAUUAGUGAAGAGACUGAGAGAAAAUUAUGGAAGUCAUGGUGGAAUACGUUAAUAGUAAAACUGUUGGGGCGAAAGGUGGGAUAUGCAGAAAUGAAAAGAAGAUUGGAGAUAAUGUGGAGUAACAAAGGAAGUCUUGAUGUCAUUGACUUAGGGCAGGACUUCUAUUUAGUCAAGUUUUAUGCAAACGAAGAUUUUGAUUUUGCCUUAUUGGAAGGACCAUGGAAGCUUUAUGAUCAUUAUCUAACAGUGAGACUUUGGGAACCUAAUUUCAACCCUCAAACAGCCACUAUAGACAAGGUAACAGCAUGGAUUAGACCCCCGGGGCUGCCUAUUAAACUAUAUGAUAGAAAUAUUUUGAGAAAAAUUGAAAAUAUCAUCGGAAGGACUGUGAAGGUGGAUAGCAAUACGGCUGAAUUAUGUAGGGGCAAAUUUGCGAGACUGUGUGUUGAAGUUGAUUUAACUAAACCUCUAAUAGGGAGAUAUUUAAUCAAUGGAAGGGAAUACCGAGUUGAGUAUGAAGGUAUUCAUCAGAUAUGCUUUUCUUGCGGGAGAAUAGACCAUGAGCAAAAAGAUUGCCCUCUAAAACAAGCUCCAAAAGCAACAGAAGCUCAGUCAACCCAGGACUUUUCAAAGAACCAAAGAUCCAAUGGAGUUGCAGAAAUGGAACAAGAACAGGAAGAACAAAGGAGAUUGGAUAAGGGAAAAUAA